AUGCAUCUGAAGCUCGAAUACUGCAUGGUGCGAAUGUUUCUCGGCAGAAUAUUCAUCCUCCCGCAGGAUGGUCCGCUCGACAGUGGCAGCCGCUCAACACCAUCAUCUGACACGCCCUCUCGGAGUCCACGGGCCGCCCUCGUACGCGACUGCGCCGAGGCCGCGCUGUCGGUGGUCGAUGCGUGCCGCGUCAUCGCCCGGGGAGUCGGGCUUGCGCGUGCGUCGUACACAGAGUUCAGCUCGUGCCGGGCUGCCCUCCUGGUCAUCACGACACAGUGCCUGACCCCGUCGGCGGCGACGACGCAGGGCGCGGACCGGUUCCGGCAGGCGCUGCGCGACGGCGUGGUGAUGCUCAAAGACAUGUCGUCGGGGAGCCAGUCAUGGCACUCCGAGGCCUCGCUGAUCGAAGCCUUUGAGCGGGCGAUUGCGGGCAUGGACACGCGCGAGGCCGCCGCCGCCGCCGCCGCGGAGGGCCCCGAGGAGUCCGACUACGCCAAGUUCAAGAAGUGGGAGCAGAUGGUGCAGAAGCACCCGUCGGCGCCCGAGUCGACGGCCAGCCUGGUUGGGUCGGAGGAUAUUGGGCCGCUGGCGGGUGGUCAGGGCUGGAGGCCUGCGGAGGCGGCGUGGAGAGAGGACGGUGGCCUGAUGCCGUCGUGCACGCCGUUUUUCGGAGUCGAUGGGAAUUUUGCGUCGUUUCCGGAGAGUCUGGAUGAGCUGCCGUCGUUUUUGGAUACGAACUUUUAA